AUGGAAUCGGAUUCAGCUUCUGAUCACAAUGAAGACUCCAAACAAAGAGGUCCGACAACAAAGGCAAAAGCUAAUAAAGUGAAACUUGUAAUAACUUACAAUAAAAAAGGUGUCCCGGUUGGAAAGGAAGCCACAAAACUGUCUAGUUUUGAGGGUUUGGUUGCAAGAACAAUGGUUCCCAUAACCUGUGAGUCUUGGCUGGAAGUUAGUGAAGAAGUAAGGGAAGGGUUAUGGCAAUAUGUUUUGAUGCAAGAAACCGGCAAGACGGAAGAGGAGAUUGAUAGGACACUGUUGUGGAAAAAAGCAAGAGAGUUGAAGACAGGAGGAUACGAAUCAGAUGUCAAGAUGAUUGUUGAUAAAAUUGAUGAGCUGCAGAAAUCUGGAAGCUUUGGAGCGGUUACAUGUGGAACACAUGAUGUGCUUACAGAGGCCAGGGGUACUCAGGAACAACGUGGGCGUGUACGAGGGAUGGGUAAAUUUAUAACGCCACAACAAUACUUUUAUUUACCCAAAAAUGUUAAGUAUUACUUGGAGAUUGAGAACGAGAGGGUGGAUAAACGAAUCAACAAACUUGAAGAUGACUUGGAGAAACUAAAAAGAGGUGUACGUAAUGUUUCUGAAGCCGCAAGUUGCCAAGUAGGGGGCGUCAUUGAAGAUGUUGAAAAAGAACCACGGGAUGAAUCACUUGAUAAUUCAUGUCUUCUUGCGGUUCAAUUUGCUGCAAAUGUAGUCGCUAAAGGAACCAUAAUGAAGUAUAGUGCAUCGGAUGAAAACAUUGAAGUUAUGAUGGAAACAAUUUUACAAGGAGAAGCUUUAAUACCCAUUCCACUUGAAGAGGAGUUCAUUGUGAAGGGAAAAGUGGUGGGGAAACAUGUGAAGAAACAUGCAACACCAGUGAAGAAACAUGCACCACCAGUGAAGGAAGGGUGCAACACCUUUAAAAGAAGAAAUAGGAAGUAA